UUUACCUGGGCAUGGAAUGUACAGUGUUUAAACAAGUGUUGGAAAGGACCCUGCAUGCAAAUUCUGCUUCAAAUACACGCGAUGAUCGGUUAUUGAUCAAAGAAUGAUCAAUUUUGUUAUGUGUCAUGAAAAAGUAUUUUUAAGUCUUAAUUUCUUUACUAACGCGCACCUAAGAUCGUGAUCAUUCGCAGAAUGGUUAUUGUUGCGUAAGGAAACAUUGUGGAUACACCCCGGGUUUAUUUAAAGCACAAGUAUAUAAGGCCAAUCUGCGAAAACCAAUACAGGGUGCCGACCAAGUCACAAGCGAGGUUCAAAGGACCGUGAAAUUUCUAAGCUCCGGUUAAAAAAACCCACGUGGGGUGUGGCACUACAGUUGUUUGCUAAACCGGGAGAUCGCAAAAAAACCUGAGGGUACGUGAUUGAUUCAGUGGCUGGGACGUUACGGGAUUUGUGCCCCACGCUUCUUGCGUGCUCGGAACGAUCGAAAAUUGACGAUCUGUUAAAUUUUUUGGACUAAAGGGGUUAUGAUUCUUUAGAAAUGACUUCAAAAACUAUGGAAUUUCGACAGUUGUGCUCGUUUCUUUGGAUUUUAUGCCUUGCGACAGCAUCCCAGGGUACUCAAAUUACACACACCUGUUCAGAAGGAUGGGUUUUGUCGGGAACUAUGUGCUACAGACUAUAUGGCCAAGAUACCCUCACCAGCUCUACGUGGGACAAUGCGUAUCGGGUGUGCAAGGGCAAUGGUGCAGAGAUGGUUACCAUUGACGACUACUUCACCAAUAAGAAUGUCGGUGAUUUCGCUUCCGUGCGGAACACCAACAAGUUUUGGACGGGAAUGAGCGAGAAGGGUGUGACCACUCAGAAUGGGAUAGCCACCACCUGGAACAUGAAGGCGGAAGCGUCCAUAUAUCAGGGUCGAUGGUCGGUGAGGAACCCAGACACAACUUUUGGAGACUGUGUCUACAUAGAGAAGAAAGACGGUAACUACGUUUGGACUGUAGGCAGCUGUCUGAUGAAGAUGGCGUUCAUGUGCCAAAGAACUUCCUGUUUACCUCAGAGUUUCCACUGUGACAAUGGUCGCUGUGUUAACUCCAACUGGCGCUGUGAUGGCGUGGAUGACUGUGGAGAUUUUUCGGAUGAAGUGGAGUGUGCAGGAAGAUGUAGCUACUUGCUAGACACUGCCAACUCUGGAAGAAUCCAAUCUCCAAACCACCCCUCAAACUACCAACCUUCCAGAGUGUGCACAUGGACAAUAGUUGGACCAGAAGGAUCCAAUAUUUAUUUAGAGUUUACAUCCUUUAACACGGAGAAAGACACCGACAUUGUGGAGGUCCUUAUUGGGGGCCGUACGGAGUCCACCGCCCGCUCUGUGGCCCGCUUGUCAGGACAGCCUAGUCUCUCAACGGCCAGAUACAGAAGCUACAACAACUACAUGAUCAUCCGCUUCUCCACAGAUUCCCAGACAGAGAAAGUGGGCUUCACAGCCAAUUACAAUAGCUCACGAGAUAGUUAUCCCGAAGAGUUGUACAUGACCGCUAGAACCACAGUCAAUACCUUGGAACCUCCGCUAUUUAGCUCUCACGGAAGUAACGCGUACCUGGGAAAUCGGGACUAUGUGUGGAUUAUUAGAGCUGAGGAACGACGGAAAAUAGUUACCCUAGAGAGAAUGAAAAUCGACCUGAUGGGAGAUGACGUGAUAGAGAUUCGUGAUGGAGACUCGGGCAGCGCCCCUCUCCUGGAGAAGUAUACAGCCAGUAACAACGACAAUGUGGACCUCCCUCUCUCCCAGUCAGAGCCCAUCAUGGGGAAGAGGUUCGUGUUCUCCACAAGCAAUGUGAUGUACGUCAUCAUGAGGACCAGUGGUUCUACAUCAGGCACUGGGUUUUCCUUCCAGUAUAGACAAGGAUGCGUUGCUAGAUACACUGCAGAUGCAGGGGAGAUAACCAGUCCAGGAUAUCCUAAUGUGAAUUACGCCAAUUUCCAGACAUGUACUUGGACUAUAGAUAUACCUAGUGGCAAAGGGGUCAAGGUUAUGUUGGAUAGAUCAAAGGGUUUCGAAAUUGCAGAUAAUGAGGACUUCAUUGAGAUUUACACCAAUAGCACAGAUGAUUCCGGAAUUGCUGCCCAUGGAUCCGGAGCUGGGUUCACGACCAUCUCUCUUUCCAAUGAUCAGCCCUUUCACAGUCCCAAUGGGAAAAUGUUCAUCAGAUUCAAAUCUACUGCUAUCACCAACAAGAAAGGAUUUAGAUUUCUUUAUUCUGUUGACUGCCCAGACCCUGGUUUGACAGAAGCCUCAGAGAUGAACCCCUCACAGACAGCUGUACAAUUACGUCAGUUUGACAAUGAGUUCACUGUCAGCUGUAAAAAUGGAUACGGCUUUCAUUCUGAUGAGUUGAAUCUGCGCACUGCACGAAUGAAGUGCAUGUAUGGAGGGAAAUGGUUGGUUGAGCAGAGAACUCGUUCAAUUCCUCAGUGUAAACCCAAUUACUGUGGAGAGCCAGUGGCUGUUGAGAAUGGUUACAUUUCACACUCCAGUGGUGUCGUGUUUGGGUCGUUUGUGACCUUCACCUGUUUCCCAGGGUUCUCUCUGCUGGGUUCUGCCAACAUCACGUGUCAGGCCAAUCAGUGGACCAGCAGGCCACAGUGUGUUUCUGCUAGCUGUCCAGCCCCGCCUACUAUCAGCAAUGGCCAGCUCUCCAGCAGCAGCAACCAGUAUGCUGCCAUUGUUAACUACACCUGUAACGCUGGGUACCAGUUGAUAGGAGCACCAAUCUUGUUUUGUCAGUCCACAGGCCAAUGGACAGCCUCAGCUCCCGAGUGUAUAAAAACAACGUGUCCCAUUCCUGCAAUAAAGAAUGGCAGAGUGUCCUCUUCCACCUUGCCUAAGUUCCAAGAAACUCUGACGGUAACCUGCGAUGUAGGAUACAUUGUGAAUGGAUCUGCCACCAUUACAUGUGGGGAUGACAGGAAUUUUGAUGCUGUGCCAAAUUGUAUUGAUCAAAAUGAAUGUGAUACAGCAAACGGAGGGUGUUCUCAGAACUGUAUGAAUACAGAAGGCUCUUUCUACUGUACCUGUAAUGCUGGUUAUAAACUGAAUGCAGACAAACGGCAGUGUGAUGAUAUUCAUGAAUGCACUGCUGAUAGUCCAAAGAAUGGCGGAUGCUCUCAGGUUUGUAUAAACUCUGUUGGGUCCUACACUUGCUCAUGUGACCAACCUGGAUAUGUUCUGUUUGAUGUGGAUGGUAGAUCUGGCUACACCAUUCAGUCUCCAGAUGAUGGAAACAGGGCAGGAGAUGUUUAUCAUCUUGGACAUAGCUGUGUUCGUCGAAACUGCUCUGAGCCUGCUGUGGUUAAUAAUGCAAUGCUGAUGACAAAGCGUGCAAUGCAUCGAUACAUGGACAAGAUCACAUACAUGUGUGAUUUGGGCUAUGUAAAGUCUAGAGGAGAAGAAACUUUCACCUGCGGGUCAGACGGGCAGUGGACGCCUUCACAGACCACAAAUCUGUUGGAGUGCUCAGUGGCAACCUGCCCUGUGAGUGACUUGAAUACAUUGAACUUAAAGAAUCGCCCCACUCUUAGUACCACAAACCCGGUCAGUUACUUGGACUAUCUGAACAUGACGUGUAAUGUCCAAGGGAAGGGCACAUUUGUCAAUCAGCAACAGUGCUUGUAUGACAAGAAAACCAAUACUUACGCCCUCUAUGGUGCUCCUUAUGAAUGUGGAGUAAUUGACUGUGGGAACCCUGUUAAAGUACCUGGCUCAUCAUACUCCACUACUCCAUCCUCUACCACCUUUGGAGCUACUUUUACUUUCAUCUGUGAAAAUCUCCAGACCAGGAAAGGGUCCUCCAGCAUGACCAAUGACAGCACUGUCACCUGUAUGGAUGAUGGGAACUGGGACUUUGGAACUCUUCGAUGUGAAGGAACAACCUGUACUGACCCUGGAUAUCCAAAUGGAGGGUACUUGAGUACCGAUGUGACGGGAUUCGAGCAGGACAAGGUGGUCACGUUUGGUUGUAACCUUGCUGGAUUCACUGUUCCUGCCAACAGUGCAUUGAAGUGUGUACUGAAUGGUGCCGCUGAUGGACUGACGUGGAAUGGUACCACACCCACUGAGUGCCAAGAUACUACAGCCCCUGUUGUAUCUGGCUGCCCAGGGAAUAUGAAUCUUGGGCGAUACACUGUCAUCACACACAACCGACCCAGUGUGAGUGACAAUAGUCGUGGGAUCAAGACUUUUGACGUCUCCCCUAGAAAUGCCAACACUACGCUGGUGCUGGAAGAGACACCUAUAACCAUCACAUACACAGCCACAGACUUCAACGGAAACCAGGAUUCAUGCAGUUUUACUGUAAAUGUUGCAGAUGAAGAGCCCCCUAAGGUAACCUGUCCCGAGGCCAAAACAGAGACAGUGGUUGACACAGAGGUCAGAACCUUCACACUGGAUCCAGCAGAGAUAGUGAGCAGUGACAACAGUGGUCAGCCUCCCACUGUAGAAAUCAGUCCCCAAAGUCUGACCAUCAGUGCUAGCUUCAUUGGGAUAACCAGGGAAAUGACUGUGACAGUGAGGGAUUCCAUGGGUAGGACAGAUCAGUGUAGAGUCCAGGUGUACACUGCAGCUGCUGCCUGCUCACCUCUUUCUCUUGAAAAGCCAUUGUUUGGUCAGAAAAACUGUAGUGCAACCAAUAAUGGAUACAGGUGUGACUUGAAGUGUGAUCAGACGUACACCUUUUAUGACACUCCUGGACUAGAAGUCAAGCCUUUAGAAUGUACCAAUGGAGGUGCAUGGCCACAGCGCAUCCCAGCAUGCACUCCUGAAACUCAGGAGGCCCUGUACACAUCGCUGAUUACUGUUACAUAUGGAGUUGAGACGGCAGGACAGACUAUCGGCUCCAACUGUUUCGAUUCGACCUAUAAAUCAGUACUUUCUACUGUAACACCACAGACAGAGUCAAAUUUAAAGCAAGGAUGUAGUGGAGGCCUUUUUAAAGAUGACAUCAUUUUCAUUGAUAUUGAUGAGGAAUCAUCUUUUGCAACUAGUGCUGUAACAGUUGCAUCAACCAGUCUGAGUAUCAUCUAUACAGUAAAACAGACUCCAUUGGGAUAUCGUGAGAACCAGUACUCCACUUGUUCAGCUGCAGUUUUGAACAGAAUGCAGAGUUUUGAUAUCUCAAUAUCUAAGAUACAGUCUACUGUAGGAGGCUGUCCAAAUCUUGUUCGAACAAGUGCAUCUGAAAACUCAAAAGGGUUCAUCUGUUCAUCAGAGAAGAAGAAAGUAACAGUGAAUCAAAAGGACUAUUGCUUGGACUGUCCAGCGGGAACCUUUCUGAGUGCCCCCAACACCUGUGAUUUGUGCCCUGUAAACACCUACAAAGGAAACAGUGGAAGUUCAGCAUGCACCCAGUGUGGUUCUGGUGGUACCCAAAGAACAGGGUCCACAUCGCAAGGACAAUGCCAAGCUAAAUGUGCUGCUGGCACGUUUUCUGAUUCUGGUAUGCCACCAUGUAACCAGUGCCCCAGGAACAGUUACUGGAACAAUAGUACUAGCUGUACAGCUUGUCCCAAUGAUGGAAAAACUAACAGUGCUGGAGCUAUGAGUGUGGGAUCCUGUAUAAAUAAAUGUUCGGCUGGUUCCUACUCCUAUGAUGGCUAUGCCCCCUGCAGAAGCUGCCCCAAGAACUACUAUCAGGAUCAGACUGGAGCCACGUCUUGCACAAGGUGUCCCAAUACCCAAUACACAGCAUCAAUAGGAAGUCCUGCUUCAUCUAGCUGUCAAAACGCUAUGGACUUGUGUUCUGGCCUGAAUUGUCAGAAUGGUGGUACAUGUGUUGCUCAAGAUAAUGAAGCCAUAUGUAAUUGUCCCAUUGGUUACUAUGGUAUCAGAUGUGAAAAUAGGGUGAAUUAUUGUAUCCAAGGUGCUUGUUAUAAUGGAGGAACUUGUGUGUCUGGAGCCACUUCAUAUACGUGUACCUGUCCAUCUGGAACAACGGGAGCACGUUGUGAAACAGAUGCAACGGAUGAUUGUGCGACAGCCCCCUGUAAAAAUGGAGGCAUGUGUGUCAAUCAAUUAUACAACUACCGCUGCUUGUGUACGUCGGGAUAUUCAGGAACAACAUGUUCCAGUCAGACCAGCAAAUGCAAUGAACAGCCAUGUAAUAGUGUGGGCACCGCACAAUGUAUAAACUACGAUAAUAUCCGUCGUAUCUGCAAGUGCAAGGCUGGUUACACUGGACAGGACUGCGAGACAAACAUUGACGACUGUGCCUCUAACCCUUGUCUGUAUGGAGGGACCUGUAGAGACCUAGUCAGUGGGUAUUCCUGUACUUGUCCUACUGGAUACCAAGGCACCCGCUGUCAGAAUCGAGUCAAUCCCUGCAGUCUGAAUCGGUGUAGCAAUGGUCAGUGUGUAGAUGCUUAUUCCAUGGACCUCUUCAAGUGUAUAUGUCAGCCCGGAUAUCAGUAUGGUCUGAUCUGUCCAUAUGAGAUGUACAAUGGCAAUGGAACAAGUUUGACUCCGUUUUCUACACCAAUUGGUACAAUCACAAUUGGUAACUGUCGUCAGCAGUGUGACAAUUUACAGAUCUGUCAGGCGUACACCUUUGCAGAAGGGACCUGCAAACUCUAUCAAACUGCUCCCACGGAUCCAACUAUCACUGCAGCUGCUGGGUCAACUCUCAACAUAAAGAAAUGCAUCUACCCUGAUGAUGACUACUGGAGUCCUUGGUAUGAUCAGGGUCCACCAAAUGGAGGAAGUGAGGCAGAGAAGAGAGUGCAGCUCUCAACGUAUGGAGUAAAUGUUUGUAACGGUACAGAGCCGAUUGAUGCAGAGUGCCGUGUGGUUGGAUCUAAAGUGGCAUCUUCUGGAACAGGGGAUACAUUCUCCCUGCCGUGUGGAGUGGAAGGAAUAGAGUGUACUGACCAGGUCAAUAACCCAUGUGAAGACUACGAAGUGCGCUACAAGUGUCCUGUUUAUAAAGGAUUUCAGAGCAACACAUGCAAUUUGAAGGAUCACUGUCUCUCCAACCCUUGUAUGAAUGGAGGAGCAUGUUCUUAUAGAUUUAAUGACUUUGUGUGCAGCUGUCCCAGUGGAUACACUGGAAAACUCUGUCAACAUGAUAUUGAUUCCUGUCAAACCAAUCCCUGCCUACAAGGGGGGACCUGUAUAGAUAAACCAGGGUCCCAGGGAUAUGAGUGUCAGUGUCCUGCUGGAUACGGAGGGUCCAUCUGUCAGAGUAACAUCAAUGAAUGCUCAUCAAACCCCUGUGAUCCUGUUGGAAGUUUUAAGUGUAGUGAUGAUGUAAAUGAUUACGUGUGUGACUGUAAACCUGGCUACACAGGGAAGAAUUGUUCGACUGAAAUAAAUGAAUGUGAUGCUGAGCCAUGUAUGCAUGGAGGUAAUUGUACAGACAGAGUCAAUGACUUCCAGUGUACAUGUCCUGAAGGUUGGACAGGCAAGCGCUGUGAGAUGAUUUAUGACGAGUGUAUGGUCAACAACAAGUGUCCCAGCUCCUCACAGUGUCUCAACAUCUUCAAAAAAUCCUACUGCAAGUGUCCUAAGAACACUUACGGAGAAGUUUGUGAGAAUAGUCCAAACAUUUGCCGUGAUCUGAGACCCUGCUUGAAUUCAGCCACAUGUACUGCAGGUGUCAAUGCACUGUCUAAAUGUACCUGUCCUAAUGAUGACUAUCGUGGUAUUGGAUGUGAAAUCAUGGUUAACCAUUGUGGUGACCCAAAUAAGUGUGAGAAUGGAGGAACAUGCGUCAACUUGGCACCAGGAUUUAGAUGUGACUGCCCACCAGGUUACUCUGGUGCUAACUGCAGCAUAAAUGUUAAUGACUGUACCAACAACUGUCCUAGUACCAGCACCUGCAUUGAUAUGGUCAACGCCCACUACUGCAGGUGCCCUCUUGGGAAGACAGGGGAGUCAUGUAUAAGAAAUUUGGACCCCAAUUAUGACCUGUACUUUUACCUGAAUAGCCAGGAUGGCUAUGCGGCCCUGCCCUACCCCAUCUACUUGAGUGGGAGCUCCUUCUCCCUCAGUGUCUGGGUCCGCUUCUACCAGUCCUCUCUCACAGGAACCUUCCUGACCAUUUUCACUGCAAAGUCUGCCAACAGCCUGGCUGGUGUGACAAAGUUCCUGUCCCUGGACAACCAAGGCUUGGCUGUCUACGACAAAAAUGGUCAGAAUCCACAGAGGGCCGCCUACCAACAGCAGACGGUCACUGAUGGACAGUGGAACUAUGUGGUGGUUUCCUGGAACAAAGACAACGGGUUUGACUUGGUGGUCAACAGUCUGAGACAGAGUCAGAUUCCCACCACCCCCUACACAUCAAUGAUGGCCGAAAAUAUAUGGGUCACUCUUGGUGCAGACUUUGACAGCACAAUCAUGCCAAAAGCAAAUGAUGGUUUCCGAGGCUAUGUUAGCCAGCUCAAUAUUUACAACCGAGGACUGAGCUUUGAAAAUGAGAUGCCUCAGCUAAUCCCUGAUCCACGAAAGGUAUUCAGUGGGUCCAUUUUACGCUGGAAUGAGUUUGUGUACCACCGUGGUGUGCAGCCCGUGUAUCCAUCAAGUGCCCAGAAACCCUGCACUGGAGCUAACUGUGUCACCUACAACAAGAAGUUCCCAGUCUUCACAACACCAUGUCCCUCCAAUGUGUACAAGGUGUCAGCAGACAGAUUGACCUCUGUGACCUGGACUGAACCCAUCCCACAAGGUGCCACCAUACAGGAGAGUACCUACAAAUCAGGAGACACAUUCUUGUGGGGCAAAUACACCAACACAUACGCUAUUCGUGAUGCAGCCAAUAGCUCAGCAUCCUGCUCCUUUAAUAUAUAUGUGAUGCGUGAGCAGUGUCCAGAUCCUAACCCCCCACAUCUAGGUACAAGGACCUGUGAGAGGAGCUACAACCCUUACUUUGGGUGCUCCAUUGGGUGCACUGAUGCCAAUCGUAGGAUCGAUCGGUACACACCUAAAGUUUACACCUGUGGACCCUCAGGAGCUUGGAACCCAUCCAAUAGAAAUAUUCCACUUCGUUUCCCGUCUUGUGGACUGGAACAGAACAGAGCAAGAAGGAGACUUGUGAUAGAUCUGGCGUAUCCCAACAUUUCCACCUCUUUCUGUGAAGGAGUGAAGGAUACCCUGGCCCAGAAACUAAAACAAGCUUUUGCCUCCAUUGACACGAGAUGGACCAAUCAGAUUUGUGGUCAGCCUGACUGCAGUGACGUGACUUUUGUCAUCAACUGUCAGGCUAAUUCGAAUGGACGAAGGAAACGUCAAACGACAAUAAUAAGUCCAACCUCAGUCGACAUCACCAUUCCCACAUCACUGGCCACACUGACUAGAUCAAGUCCUGCAGAGACCUUAACUGUAGAGGAAAUUCUGACUAGAAGUGUCCUGGAGUCCCAGCUUUUUGACUUUUCGACAACAAUUCCGAAUGGAUCACCUGACCUGAACUCCUUCACUAUUGACUCGUCAGAGAGUUGUCCUACUGGAGAAACAGUGGUGGAUGGCUAUUGUGUCAAGUGUGGUCCAGGAAAUUUCUUCAAUAGCAGUACCCUUGUUUGUGAGGAUUGCCCAGUGGGAACGUACCAGGAUCAGGAUGAUCAGACUUCCUGUACUCCAUGUCCCCAGGGAUCCACAACACAGACUGUAGCCAGCCCUAGCAGCUCAGACUGCAAAGCUAUUUGUAACCCUGGACGCUAUCAAACAGGAACAAGGUGUGAUCCCUGUGGGGUGGGCUUCUACCAGAGCCAGUCUGGGAUGUUCUACUGUGACCCAUGUCCUGUGGGUCAGACCACACGAGGGACCACUUCUACAACUGCAUCUGAGUGCUACAAUGACUGUAACCCAGGGUAUGAGCUGUCCUCCAAUGGAGUGUGUGUACAGUGUGCCAUUGGUACAUACAGAGUACUGGGCACGCCAGCCGUGUGUGUGGCCUGUCCCUCAGACAAAACAACAGCAGCAAGGGGCUCCACCAAAGCAACCGACUGCUCUCUAACAUCUUGUCUCCAAGGCUUCAAAAGAGAUGGUGAGCCUGGAACGUGUGUUAGAUGUGAGAAGGGCACCUAUCAGGACGAGAAGUGGCAGACGUCAUGUAAAUCCUGCGGCGGAGUGCGAUACAUGACAAUGAAUGAUGCCUCAACCCAAAAGUCAGACUGUAUCUUCUUCUGUGAAAGUGGUCAGGAGGUUAACAACAGCACUGGUACCCCGACCUGUGUGAACUGUCCUGUGGGUACAUACAAAGACAACACUGUGGACCCCACCAGCAAGUGUACUCCCUGCCCAGGGGGCAAACUGACACCCACAACAGCAUCAGACUCCAUUAAUGACUGCUCUAUUUUCCGUUGUGGUGCUGGUUACCGGCCCAAUGCAACAGGAGACGGCUGUGAUCCGUGCCCCUAUGGCACCUACCAACCUCAGGCUGAUCAGGAGAACUGUACUAUGUGUAGUAGUGGAUAUAGUACUUAUCAGAUUGCCUCAACCCAGCCCACAGACUGUAAAGUGUUUUGUGAAUCUGGAAAAAUUCGCAAUGAACAAAGUCAGACCUGUGAAGUUUGUCCGGUUGGGUACUACAAGACAAACACUGAUUACAAAUUCAACAACUGUACCCGGUGUCCUGAGAACUACGUCACCCCUACCACAGGCUCAGAUGAUGUAGCUGACUGCACAGUUCGAGACUGUCCAGCUGGAACAAAGAGACAGACAGGAGACACAGGGUGUGAUGGGUGCCUGAGGGGUCAGUACCAGCCUCAGCCCUACCAGACAUCCUGUAUUAGCUGUCCAGCCAACACCUUCACCCGCGAUGUCAACUCCACCAAAGCAACUGACUGUGAAACAUUCUGUUCAUCUGGUGAAGAGAAGAAAGGGGGAGUUUGUAUGAAGUGUACGAUAGGUUAUUUCAAAGACAACAACGUGGAUAAAUUCUCCGAGUGUACCCUGUGUCCAGUAGAGUUCAUCACAGCAAACAAUGGCUCAAUCUCGCAGUCCGACUGCAACAUUGCUAAUUGUUCGGCUGGAAAUUAUCGUGAUACUGUUUCCAACACUUGCAAGCAAUGUGCUACGGGCUACUAUCAACCAACUCAGUGGCAGACAUCUUGUAUUAAAUGCCCCACCGACAAAACAACUGAGACGACUGGAGCUUCCUCCCUGAAUAUGUGCCAGUUGCAGUGCAGUCCAGGGUAUGAAGACAUCAAUGGAAAAUGUGAGAAGUGUAAGAUAGGAUUCUAUAAAGCUGAGUAUGCAGCUGCCCUUUGUAAAGAAUGUCCCACAGGUUUCAUAACCUCUGAAGAAGGAACAGAAAAUGCAGCCAAUUGUACUGUCCCUGCCUGUGAUCCUGGAUACUACCUGACCAACAAUAAUUGUGAGAAGUGUCCCUAUGACAAAUAUCAGCCAGAGAAAUGGCAGAGUUCCUGCAUAGAGUGUCCCACCAGCUACGUUACUCAGAAACAGGGUGCUACUAAUGUGUCCGACUGUGUGGUGGAUUGUCUAUCCGGUGAGCAGUACCGCCCAGUGGAGAAAGACUGCAUUGGUUGUGAGCGGGGCUACUACAGAGACAAAACUGACCGUUCUCAGAUCACUUGUCAGAUGUGUCCUGUCGAUUUCAUCACGCCAGGCGAGCGAGCCACCAGUGUAACCGCAUGUACAGUCAAGAAUUGCACUGUACCUGGACAGUAUAGGAAUCCAUCAACCAAUGUCUGUACUAACUGUCCUGUUGGCACCUACAACAAUGUUAAAUGGCUGGAUUCCUGCUCAAACUGUUCACUGGAAUUCACUACCAAACAGACUGGAUCAACCACAAGCAAUGAUUGUAUAAGAGACUGUCCGUCUGGACAGUACGAGUCACAGGGUGUGUGUAUGAACUGUGCUGUCGGUACAUACAGAGACAAGUCGGAGGGAUUCGACUGUAAACCAUGUUCCACAGGGCUCACCACAGCAGGCACUGGAGCCACAUCCAUGGCUAACUGCAGCAUCACUAACUGUAAUGCUGGACAGUACUUUGAUAAAACGGGUCAGAAUUGUAAACUUUGUGCAAAUGGAACAUACCAAGAUCAGCCAAGAUCGGAAAACUGCAAGCCAUGUGGAACUGCAGGCUACUUCACCGAUCGUAGAGGCAGCACAAGCAUAUCAGAGUGUAAAUUCUUAUGUGCCCCAGAAUACCACAACUGCCACUCAGCAGCCACAUGCGCCAUUACCGCCAACGGCUUUACCUGUACCUGUAACCAGGACUUCCAAGGAGACGGCACCAACUGUACUCAUAUGUGUGAUUUGGGCUACUGUGUAUAUGGGUCUUGUAUCAAGUCGCCUAAGCUAUCCUGUCAGUGUAAUAAAGGAUACACAGGCACCCAGUGUGAAGUACGAUUAGACCCCAGUAAGCAGUCUCAGAAACAGAAUGAGACUGUGAUCAUUGCUUCAGUCACAGCCGGAGCCAUCCUCAUGAUUCUGGCCAUCCUGAUCGUCUGCUGUGUGGUCAGAGCUCGCAAGAGGCCAGAAAAAUAUCCCAGGCAAACAGAGUACACUGGAGCACCAGUAAUGAUGGAUAAGCAGUCUCUGUAUAAUCAGUCCUUUGCUCCAGGUCCGUAUGAUAACUUCAGCAUGAGAUCCUAUUCUCCAGGCGCCUCAUACAGGGGCGUGGCCACGAUGCCCGAGAUUGGAUAUGAUAAUACAGGAUAUGGAGGUGACCCAGCGGUAUACCAGGCUUGAGGGUACACACAGACUUAGAUAUACACAGAAAAGAUCAGACAAGGAGGGCAUAUGAAAGUACCCUGUGUAUGAACAUUCAUGAAACCAGUGUCAGAAUGAUGGAUGUCAAGUCUACGAGCCAUCAAGCCAAUGGAACAAUUAAUUCUAUUUCAUCAAGUACCAUGUAACAUGAUGACCUUGCCAUAAUAUUUUUAUCAUACUCUUGAUAUUACUGUAUAAUCGUCCAUUUUUUUUGACAACUGUAUGAAUAUGAAUGUAUAAUAUGUCAUAGUGUCUGUGUUCUAUUCUUAAUCAAAGUAACUUCAUGAAAUAUCAAAAGAUUUUAGAAAUUAUUUUUUUGAUUUUUUUAAUUUUUUUUUGUUUAAUGUUGUGUCUUCUGGAAGAGCUGUAGCUAUAGUUGUUGAGAAAUAGAAUGAAUGCUAUAUGGUGGGAAAAUCUUGAAGUAGCAAGCACUUUUCUUGGGAAAUAUAAUCUACCAU